AUGGGCUGUUUGUUGAGAAGUGAUGAGAUGUCACUAUGUGAUGUGUAUCUGCAGCCGGAAGCUGCUUUUGACAUCGUGUCUCGGUUUGGUGAGAUGGGCUGCUUGCAAUUUUUGGAUAUUAAUCCAGACGCCAAGCUUUAUGAGAGAAACUAUGUUUCGGAAGUUUGUCGCUGUGCCGAGAUGGAGCGUCAACUUCGUUACAUUGAAUCAGAAAUGAAAAAGGACGAUAUAACAAUCCCUGAUCUUAAUCAAGAACCUGCCGCGUUACAACCUCAUGAAAUGUCUCAAUUCGAGUUCACGAAGAAAGACUUGGGCAGCUUCCAAACCCAGAAGCCACGCCCC